GCGUCAAGUGGAAAUAGGGAAGGAAGCCGGCGUAAGAAAGCAGAAGGCUGCUUCCCAGCACUGGUGGCUGAGCUGAUGCCCGCCGCAGUCGGAGGACACGGAGCUGAGCACCCACCCCAGAGCAAGUCCAUGCUGGAGCCGGCCAACGCCACUGGGAUGCAGGGCUUCAAUGGCUCUGAGCGUUGCCCCCGGGACACUCGGAUCACCCAGCUGGUGUUCCCCACCCUCUACACGGGGGUCUUCCUGGCGGGUGCCCUGCUCAACACACUGGCCCUGUGGGCGUUCCUGCGCAUCCCCAGCUCCUCCACCUUCGUUAUCUACCUCAAGAACACUUUGGUGGCUGACCUGAUAAUGACACUCACGCUUCCUUUCAAAAUCCUCUCUGACGCGCACCUCGGGCCCUGGCAGCUCAGAGCAUUUGUGUGCCGCUUCUCCUCCGUGGUCUUCUACGAGGCCAUGUACGUGGGCAUCACGCUGCUGGGCCUCAUAGCCUUUGACAGGUUCCUCAAGAUUGUCAGACCUUUUGAGAAAUCGUUCGUGAAAAAACCUGCUUUUGCAAAAACGGUCACAGUCUUCGUCUGGCUCCUUCUCUUCUCCAUGUCCCUGCCGAAUAUGAUCCUGAAUGACAAGGAAGCAACUCCAGUGUCUGUGAAAAAGUGUGCGUCCCUGAAGGGCCCUCUGGGGCUGUGGUGGCAUCGGCUGGUGAACUACGUAUCCCAGGGCAUUUUCUGGACUGUGUUUGUCCUAAUGCUUCUGUUUUAUAUGGUGAUUGCCAAAAAAGUCUAUGAUUCUUAUAAAAAGGUCAAAAGUAAGGAUGGCCAAAGCAAGAAGAGGCUGGGGGGGAAGGUGUUCGUGGUCUUGGCUGUCUUCUUCCUGUGCUUUGCCCCAUUUCACUUCACCCGUGUCCCCUACACUCACAGCCAAACCAGCAGCAAGAAGGACUGUGCGCUGGAGAACCGGCUUUUCAUUGCAAAAGAAACGACUCUCUUUUUGGCAGCAACUAACAUUUGCAUGGAUCCUUUAAUAUAUAUAUUCUUAUGUAAAAGAUUCACAGAAAGGCUGCCUUGCAUGAGGUGCAGGAGGGCCUCACACCAGGAGCAACAGAGCAGCCAGACAGACCACAUAACCCUGGGCUGACCGCUGCCACUGGGCUCGCGGCCACAUGGCCACAAGGCUUCAGAAACCAUCUGUGUGGAGACCAAAUUUAAGCAAUAAAGAAAAAGAGAUGGGAACAAAUGCUUCCUUGCAUGAUGACCCCAGGUGUACACAAACGAUCUUGUGAAGUUUAACUCCUCGUGAACCUAUUCAUAAAGCCACAACAAGAGGAUGCAAGGGAAAGCAAAGGGCCACUCGAGGCCACCUUCCCAAGGACAUCCCCUGAGUAUUUGGGAUAAGAUGAGGGAAAUGCAGACCCCUAAAAGCCUCCCCUCCAAACACCACCUCACAUUCACUCACACACAUGAUCCAAACAGCCGCAUGGCUUCAUAGCCCUCAGAUCAAUUAUCGCUGAGGGAAGCAGCAAACUAACUUGUAAAGGCCAUAGGUGGGAGCUGAGCCAGAAGUGAAAGGGAUGCUGGACACAAGGGGUCUGAGGGUCCCCUUGGGUUGACUGAGAUCCUGCAGGAAGGAUUUUCUCCCUGCAGUUACAAAGAGAUUGCUCUGUGUCCCACAGCACAGCACAGAUCUAUGACAUGAGUACCCCACCCAGCUGACACCCAGUUACACACGGCUCUGCCACCAGGACGCUGGGAGCUCAGCAAGCACUCCUGGCCUCGUGUCAACUCAGCUGCCCCGCCACCGGCCUCUCCCACUGUGGGGGACACGUUAGGGUCCUCCCCUCCUGCAGGUCUCCCAUACUAACAAGCUGCGGGUCCUGACUGUGUGAUGGUUAGGGUUCCUGAAAGACAGGUUUGAAGUGGGCCAUGCUGUUCUUGGUCCAGGUAAGUGAUGUGGUUGCUGACCCACAGUCAGUGACAUUCACGUGGGGGACAUGGCCAAGGCUACUUAUCCUUAUCUCCCUCCACAGUUUUUCUUGGAUUCCUUUGUGGGUCAAAAAAAAA